UGAAACCAUGUGAGGCUACAAGACAUCUUAGAAUAUAAUGGAUUUCUCUGGUUUAAACGUUGGGUACAUUUGCAUUCAUUUGUUUCUUCCUUCUUCAGUCCGCAACUUUUCUUGUUCGUUUUCCCUUUGUAGUUUUCUCCAUGUUGGGUAACCCUUGUUUUUUUCUUAAUCUAUGUUUUCGUUGCAGAUCCUUCUUCUCUGAGAAUUCGGAGAGAAUGAAAUAUUCUUUUCGGUAUUUACUAUGUAAGAUUGUGGGUAUAUAAGGUGCUCUAUUUGGUUCGAGUCUGAUCAAGACAAAGGAAAAAGUUGAAGAAAUCAUUUGUAGGUGUGGGGAGUUUAGGUAUGGGUGUUAGUGUCGAGGAGAGUCGAACUCGUGACCUGCUGUCUCUUAGGCUUGCCUCUUCUUCUGCUCCUGAUGUUCAGUGGGGAUUAAUGGGUGGUGAGCCUAUAGCUUCUUCUGGUGGUGAUAUUUGUGAGAAAGGAAAGAUGAAGUGCAAUUAUAGACGCAGGAGGACUAUGAAUGAAGAGGAAGAGGAAGAACAAGCUAUUGCUAGGAAGAAACUUCGUCUCUGCAAAGAACAGUAUAUGUACUUGGAGGAAACCUUCAAAGCCCACAAUACACUCAAUAUGGAGCAAAAGCUAGCUCUGGCCCAGAGGUUGAACCUUCGACCUAGGCAAAUUGAAGUAUGGUUCCAAAAUAGAAGAGCAAGAACAAAGGCAAAGCAAACAGAAGCUGAUUUUGAGCUACUGAAGAGAUAUUGCAUAAAUCUGAAAGAGGAAAACGGACAGCUGAGCAAGGAGUUGCAGGUUUUGAAGGCACUACACAUACAUGAAUUGGCAGCACAAUGUUUCAACUUGUGUCCCUCUUGUAAGCAGAUCCUCCCAACUGAGAAUUUUGACAGAGCAGAAUGACUCAUGACUAACCCUCCACACAGGCCAUAAGCUGAAAUCAGUCUUAAUGCAAUGAGGAAAAUCAUCCACUGCUUCUGCUCUCCCUCGAAUGGUUUCCCUUCUCAAUCACUACGAGGAAAUGUUUCUUUAAACUUUUUCUCGUUUAGCUUGUACAUGGAUUAUAAAGGUAAACUAUCUAGAAACCAGUUGUCUCAAAUUCUUUGAAAAUAACUGAUAUUAAUUGUAAGGGCAAACUUUAGUUGCUGUUUGAAAUAGUACUUAUUUCCUUUACUCCUUGCUACUACAUGGACAUGUAAAGCUGCAUGGUUAUCAAUUUCAAAUACAUCUGUUAUAUAAA